AACAGGCCUUAAAUAAAUCGAACCUUUCCAUUCAAACGGUGCUCACAAGAACCUCUAAUAAACACACAAGCUUGGUGGCUCUGUUAUUCUUUCCCAAACCCUGAAGCUAUAUUUAGGGUUUAUUUAGGGUUUAAAUGGAUUUGAAUACCCAGUAAUAAAAACGACCACCCAAACAACGCCUCCGUUCUCGCAAUUCAACAACCCUAACAUCCCCAAAGAGCUCCAAUGGUCCGCUCCAAUGGCGUCAGACUCGUCCACUGGUUCGCUGGCCGCUCUCUCUCUCGCAACGCCUUCCAAGAUUCCCCAAUUGCCAUAUAUGAAUCGUUGUUGCGAGGGGGUUAUAGGAAAUACGGCUCGGCCAUCUUCAACCAACCUAGGGUUCUUGCAAGUUUCAAUUCUAGAAAUGUAGCAGUUAAUAAUAGAAGCUGGUUGCGAAUCGGAGUAUUGAAAUCGAAUUUUGGGGCCGGCACUGCAAGAUCAAUUCAUGGCACUGGUUUUAUGGCUGCCAGAGAUUAUUAUGACACACUUGGUGUGAAUAAGAAUGCAACUGCAUCUGAAAUCAAGAAAGCUUAUUACGGGCUUGCAAAGCAGUUGCAUCCAGAUACAAAUAAACAUGAUCCUGAAGCUGAAAAGAAAUUUCAAGAAGUCCAAAAGGCAUAUGAGGUUUUGAAAGAUGAAGAAAAACGUGCACAGUAUGAUCAGCUUGGCCAUGAAACAUAUGAACAUGGUGCUAAUGGUGGUGGCAUGGGUGGUGGUCAAUGGGGCCCUGAUUUCAAUCCAUUUACUGACAUCUUCAAUACUGACAAUAUCUUCAAUACAAUCUUUAAUAGGGGCAUGGGCGGCAAAGAUGUCAAGGUUUCAGUUGAAUUGUCCUUUAUGGAAGCUGUUCAGGGAUGCACCAAAACGCUGACGUUCCAAACUGAUUUGCCUUGUGAAGCUUGUGGUGGAGCUGGUGUUCCUCCUGGAACCAGGCCUGAAACUUGCAGGACCUGUAGAGGCUCAGGCAUGAUUAACAAGUCAACUGGCCCAUUCAGGGUCCAGAUUACGUGUUCUUAUUGUCAUGGAACUGGGAAAAUUGUUAAGAACUUUUGCAAGUCUUGCAAUGGAGAGAAAACAGUUAGAGGACCAAAGACUGUCAAGCUGGAUAUCAUGCCAGGAGUAGAUGAUAAUGAAACUAUGAAGGUGUCUAGGAGUGGUGGAGCAGAUCCUGAUGGCAAUCAAGCUGGUGAUCUUUAUGUUACUAUCAAGGUCCGGGAAGAUCCUGUUUUCCGACGAGAAGGACCAGACAUUCAUGUUGAUGCUGUAUUGGGUAUCACUCAGGCAAUUUUAGGAGGAACCAUCCAGGUCCCAACUCUAACGGGAGAUGUUGUUCUUAAGGUCCGCCCUGGAACCCAACCUGGUCAGAAGGUAGUCUUGAAGAGAAAAGGGAUCAAAACUAGGAAUUCUUACUCUUUUGGGGAUCAAUAUGUGCACUUCAAUGUCAGCAUCCCAAUAAAUUUGACUCAAAGGCAGCGUGAACUAAUUGAAGAGUUUGCCAAAGAAGAGCAAGGGGACUAUGUUAAGGGUGCUGCUGCCGGAGGAUCUGUUUAAGUGUGAUGUGGUAACUCUGUUCUAUGCCCCCAAUUCAUCCUUAAAGGAAGGUGAAAGAAAGUGAAAAUUAUCUUUGCUGACACCUUAUUCCUUGAGCUUGGCAAUUUUGUACUAGUAAUUAUAGGUUGAGCUUUGACCUUGUUUUUUACAAGGCUUGUAAUAUUUUUUAUUUCUCAGGAAAUACAGUUUUUAAUUAUUGGGAUUGCGACUAGAUUACUUACCAAUAAUGUACAUAUCACUAUAUUAUUCUUUGUGACGGAAAACUGCCUACACGUUUGCAUUUGGAUGAUGUAAAGUGGUUAAUGGAAAAUAUGCUUUUGAUCCG